AAAUGACAUUUCUCACCAGUUCGGUCUCUGCCAAAUGUAAUAUUUUUGUUAGAAUCUCUGUAAUCUGCUAAUUUUUGUGCAGAUUUUUCAGCUCAAAGCUCGACGCAGAAUGGGUUUAGUUGAGGAUGAAGUAAGUGAAGUGUCCCGCUUGUGUUGCAAUGUUAUUCCCUGCUCAAAGUUGGUCACUUGUCUAACUUCUCUGAUUCGCGUGGACAUCAACCAAACCGACUCUCGGCAGCUGACGGUUUGUCUUCGCUUUCCUAACGAUUAUCCUCAUAAUAAACUACUGCUGGAAUUCAAAAGUCGAUCAAUGUCUUCGGUGUUUCUGGAGCGGUUCACUGUAGUUUGCGAUGAAAAAGCUAGCCAGUUUGUUGGAAAACCUCAAGUGAUGAACAUUCUGAAGUUCAUAGAUUGCUAUUUACGAGAGAACCCGCUCUGUAUUGUAACUCAAGAAAUCUUUAGUAUUAAGAAAUUGCUAGAAGGCACAAACGGUGAUCUGAAACUGCGACAAAAAACUUCUAGCAUAUGUCUGACGGCGAAAGGAGGUCCGUUUUACUACAACGCCAAAUUUUACAUACCGGAGCGUUAUCCGGUUGAACGUGUUCAGUGGGAGGAAUGUGACUGCAAUUUGCCCCAAGCUUUAGUUCGCUUUGUUAAUGGUCAAGCGAAAGAAAUCGCUCGUCAAUGUGUCGAGGCACCGUUGAGGAAACUAAAGAACAAUAAGGAAGAAUUCAAGCCAAAACCAAGCUUGGAGCGAACCUUUCGCUUUAUCAUAGCUGCUAUGAAAGGUUUUCCAGAGGAGCGUUGUCCAAUUUGUGAACAAUUGUCAUUACCGCACACUGCCCAGGAAGUGAUCGAAACCGAUACCGAAGAAAAAUUUCUAAUUCGAAUGUUCUGCGGCCACAUUUACCACCAAGGCUGUCUCAAGCGUUUCAUGAGCGAACCACCGUUUCCGAAUGGAGGGAAAAUAUGUCCCGCCAAGCGUAAACAUCCCCGCUCCGAUCGUAUCGGGGGUGGACGGCCGAAGCAGACAGCAACCGUUCCGGGUAAAGAGGAAGCAGAACUCUGCCAGCAGAGGGUUACCCACGAUAAGUGGGGUUUGAACGAUGUUAAAUCGGCCGAGGCUAAAUGGGCCCACCAGCAGGCUAGGGUACGGGAACUGGAGGAAGUGAUUGAUUUUCUGCAAUAGCAAGGAGGAACGCGUACUGCUAGCCACUAGGACAAGAUACAUCUUUAUGUGAUUUAGAGAAUAAUAUCCGGUGUUAUCAAUGUACUAUUCGAUGUAUUCAAUUGAAAUAGAAUUUCAAUGUGACAAAAUGA